AUGACGUCACCAACCGGAAGCCCAUUACAAUUCUUAUGGUCCCGAUUGUCCCUGCUUCAUGACAGCCCAAAAAUGGCUGUCAUCCCUGCUGUUGUUCAGGGAGAGCUUGCUUCAGACCUAAUGAGGAAAUUAUAUAAUUUGGGUGAUUAUAAUGGAGAGAUCAUGUCUGAAGUAAUGGUACAUCGACAGCCCAUAACACCUACUUAUGCUGUUCCUGUUAUUUCUGUUGCUAAUAGCACUCAGUUUAAACACCCAGAAAGUAUGGAAUUGAAGGAAUUUAAAAUAAACAAGCAAGAGAAAGCUGAUGCUAUACGACCAAAGAGAAAAUAUGAGAAGAAGCCCAAAAUUGUAUCUUCAUCAGUUGCUCUUGCUACUCAGCAGUCAACUCCUGCUGCACUGAAUCAGUACGACUUUCCCAGCUCUGAUGAAGAACCUCUUUCUCACGUCUUGUCUGGCUCUUCUGAAGUUGAGGAAGAAAAUGAUCCUGAUGGGCCAUUUACUUUCCAUAGGAAAGCAGGCUGUCAGUAUUAUGCUCCUCAUUUAGAACAAACUGGUGACUUGCUGUGGAAUAGUCCUAAAGAGGCAACAUUAGGAGAUGAGCAUUACAGAUACUGCUUAACCACCCUUACUGUGCCACACAGGUGCAUUGGAUUUUCACGUAGACGGAUUGGACGUGGUGGAAGGGUGUUCCUGGACCGAGCAUAUUCAGAAAACAACAGUCCAUUUUGCCAGCUGGAUUCAGAAAUACUUUCCUCACAACUACACUCUUCAGUCAAUCAAUUUGCCAAUACCUCAGAAACAAAUACCUCAGACAGAUAUUUCUUUAAAGACCUUAGUCAGAUACUAGUCAAUUUCAAAUCAUGUAGAUGGAGGCAUUUUAGGCCUCGGACACCAUCCCUACAUGACAGUGAUGAAUUUUCCUAUAGGAAAUUACACAGGAGUGUAAAUCAAGCAGACACAGUACAACCUGGGACCCAGGCAUGCAGUACCUCUAUACAAAGUAAAAGUAGCAGUGGUUCAGUACAUUUUGCAUUUACAGCCGAACAAUACCAGCAUCAUCAACAACAACUGGCACUAAUGCAGAAACAGCAGCUUGCACAAAUUCAUCAACAGCAAGCCAAUAGUAAUUCUGCAAACUCCUCACAG